AUUUCCAAAUUGAACUUUUGCGUACUCGUCCAUUUAAUCGUCUGGGCUUGUUUCUCGUUUUGUUUCACGCACCAUGUUUUUCCCCUCACUGCUUGUUUCUCUUUUCCCCUUCUGCCUACGCAGUGAUUGAUUUUAUAUGAAUUCUCUAUGAUCUGCUUUGCUGUGUUACGUCUCACCUACUGUUUCAUUUUGCUUUGAUCUACAUACACUAGUUGUAUCUCAGAUUUUGUCGCUUCGCUUCGCUCUGUUUUCUUCCGUUUUGUUUCGAUAUGCCUCGCAUGAACAUUGAACGUAUCUCCUGCUUUGUCUUCUGUGUAGACGUAUUCAUCGUUGUUCCAAUAAAUGUAUCAUCUCGCUCUGGUGGUAUUUGAAGUGUCUCGUCCAACACCUUUUGCUUGAACUCAAUCGUUGCCUCCCACGUCGACCUCAUACUUUCAAACUCUCGGUCGCUAGCUGACUGAUACCGAAUUGACAACAUGACAACGUCGCAUGACAGGGUAAUCAACUUCGGAGCAGGCCCAUCGGCUUUGCCUGUUCCUGUUCUCGAGGAAGCGGCAAAAGGCCUUCUCAACUUCUCCGGGACAGGUAUAGGUAUCGCAGAGAUCUCACAUCGUUCCAAGGAGUUUACAGAAUGUAUCAACAAUUUGGAAUCCCUCAUCCGAACACAGUUGGGUGUUCCCCAUACACACUCCAUCCUUUUCUCGCAAGGAGGCGGGUCAGGACAGUUCUCCGCUGUGGUUAUGAACAUGCUGGCCCGGUACAGGCUUCUGCAUCCAGAUGUGAAACCAGAGAAGAUUACCAUGGACUAUGUGGUUACUGGAUCAUGGAGCAAGAAGGCUGCAGAGGAGGCUAGGAGGCUUGGAGGUGGUCAGGUUAACAUUGCUGUGAACAGUCGCGAAUUCUCAAAAGAUGGCAAAUCGUUCGACAAUAUUCCGGCCCACGAUGCUUUCAAAUUCUCUCGAGACCCCGCACUGAUCUACUAUUGCGAGAAUGAAACUGUGGACGGUGUCGAGUUUUCUCAUGAGCUCUCAGAGCCUACGUCGUUCCCCUUCCAUCUGCUCAAGCAAGGCUCACUCGCCCCGCUGGCCGCGGAUUACUCGUCUUCAUUCAUGUGUCGGCCCAUUCCUCGUUUGGCCGACCAUGCAAUCAUAUACGCCGGUGCACAAAAGAACAUUGGUCCUGCGGGUCUGACCGUCAUUAUCGUCAGGCAGGACUGUAUUGUUGAUGUCGACGCUGCUGCCAAGCUCGGUGCUGCACCCGUCCCCAUCACCUUCUCAUACAAGACCCUUGAGGAAUCAAAGAGCCUAUACAACACGCCCUCAGUUAUUUCUAUCUACAUGACCGCUUUGGUCCUGGAGCUCAUGAAGGAGAAGGGCGGUCUUGCUUAUUACGAGGAUCUCAACAGACGCAAAGCUGGUAGGAUAUACGGUCUCUUGAAGGACGGCGAGGAGAAGGGCGUGUUCAAGAGGAAGGUAAAGGCAGGCUCGGAAAGCUGGAUGAAUGUCGUGUUCGAAGUUCUCGGAGACGAUGCGGAGAAGCGCUUCCUGGAGGGAGCGGAGCAUCUAGGCAUGAAAGGUCUCAAAGGGCACAGGUCUGUUGGAGGCGUCCGCGUUUCAUUGUACAACGCGAUCACAGAUGAAGACACUGAGAAACUUGCUCAGUACAUGAGAGACUUUAUCACGCAGGAAGUAACGACCAAAGGACAAGCUUGAAGACAAUGUAAUACAAUGUAGUGGAAACUUAAAUGUACUGUACACAUUAUCAUACGAGCUAGCUCCAUUACAUUUGUUUGUGAGCUUGCACAUGAGUGUAUAUCCUGCAUUAGAUUUUGCCAGAGUGGUUAACGGGAUUGCCUGCCAUGAGCAAAUUUAGCG